AUGGCCAGAGUAGGGGGUAAAAGCACGUAUCAUAUAGCUUUUUGGAAUGUAGCAGGGGUAAGAAAUAAGGAGGAGGACUUCUGGGUAGGCAUAAGGGAGUGGGAUGUGGUAGUGCUAAUAGAAACUUGGGUAAAUAGGAAGAAGUGGACAGAGAUAAGGGAGUCAUGGAAAAAAGGGUUUAAAUGGCAAAUCCAAGAGGCAAAGUUACCAAAAGGAAGAGGAAGAGCAAAGGGAGGGAUAUUGGUAGGAGUAAAGGAAGGUAUAGAAAUACGCAAUAAGGGAAAAUGGGAUGAGGAAGGAUGGGCAGAAGUUGAGGUACUCCUAGGAGGGGAGUGGUGGUGGAUAAUAGGGGUAUAUAUCAAUGGGGAUAUGGGGAGGAAGAAGGAGCUAAUGAGUAAGUGGAUGGAUGAAGCUGGAGAUGAAAGGAUAUUAUUUGGUGGAGAUUUCAACGCUAGGACGGCGUCGGAAGGAGGUCUGAGGACUGUGGAUGACCAACUGGGAAGAAGCGUGAGAAGAUCAAAGGAUAAUGUGUAUAACAAGGAUGGCAAGGAACUGUGCAGCUUUUUGGAGGAGAAAGGAUGGGCAAUAGUGAAUGGAUGUGUUAAGGGAGAUGAAGAGGGGGAAUGGACAUUCGUAGGGGAAAGAGGCUGCUCGGUGAUAGAUCUUGUCCUAAUAGAUGAGAGGAGUAGAGAUAGGAUUAUGGAGUUGAGAAUUGAAGAAAGGACAGACUCAGAUCACUUGACAAUAGUGGUCAAGGUAGAAGUUCAAGGCAAGAGGUCGAGAGAGGGUUAUAAGGAAAGGAUUAAUCGGACAGGGAGGGGAGUAUGGACUCAAGAGGGUAGAAGUAACUUUCAGGAAGAAUUCGGUAAUGCGGGAGUUCAGGUAGGAAAUUUAGAUGAAGACUGGAGGAGGUUGAAAGAGAGAAUAAGAGGAGCUAUUAGGGAAUCCGAAAAAACGAGGGUAAAGUCGAGAGGUGUAUCCAGCUGGUGGGAUGAAGAAUGCAGAGAAGGUAAGGGAAAAUUAAGGAGAUCUUUGCAAAGCUUUAGAAAGAAGAAAAUUCCGAAGGAAGAGUACUUUCUGGAAAAGAAAACAUACAAGAAGCUAUGUGAGGAGAAGAAAAGGUUGGAGAAGCAAAGAUGGGAAGAUUGGGUCAAGAGCGCCAGGACGGAAGGACAGGUAUGGAAAGUAGUGAACGAGGGAAGAAAAAAGAGGAGUGGAAUAAAUAAAGAUAUCCCAAUGGAGACAUGGGAUCUGUAUUUCAGGGAGGUACUGGGGGGAUCGGAGAGGAAGGUAACACGGGAAGGCUCAAUGAUUGAAGAGGAACUGGAUGAGAUGGAAGAGGACGAGAUCUCUUUGGACGAAGUCAGGGAAAUGAUAGCUCGGACUGGGAUUCGAACCCAGAACCUUCCGAAGACAUGUCGGCUACUCUACCAUUUGAGCUAUCCGGUCUAUACUAAAUUUCCUAUACUAAACAUCCGGUCCCUAUCCGGUCCCUAUCGGAGCUAUCCGGUCUAUACUAAACAUCCAACAAUAGAUAUGAAAUCUUCCGUACCACUCGAGUGGGCCAAAGAUUUCAUACUAACUUUACCAUCUCUCUAUACCUCUACGUGUAAAAGAUGCGAUUUCGAAAAUUAA